CUGCGAUAGGCACCGAUACCGAAGAACGUAAGAAUAAAGAAAACAACUUGUAGUUUUUAUCUUUAUCUGUCAACAAAUAAACGAUGAACUAUGACCUCCUCUCCAAGUUGACCGACGACAAACUGAUGAUCUUCGACACCGGCGAGGGUGCGAUUGUGGAGGGCAGCCGGAUGGGUUCAGGUCUCCAGGAUGCGGACCCGCUGUCGCUGCCCAUUGUGGAGGAUGGCGCUGUCGAGGAGGAGCAAGCAGCCCCCAUCCAGACGAUGCCGCGCACCCUAUUCGCCGUUCCGCGAGCCCCCUCCCCGUCUCCCGUGACUACAUCAGGUGCGAAUUUGAACCUCAAGUCGGAAAGUGCUGCGACAGCGACACCUCAGCGGAAAAUAUCGACGUCAUCGCGUUUCAUGAAUGCCUUUAGUCAGCUAUAUGGAGGCAGUAGCGGCAGCGGCGCGAGCUGUGGUCACGUGGAGCAGCACGGCGAUGACCCUGGUGACCUGGCGGCCAAUCGGACGCCUACAAAGGGGAUGGAGUCAAAGCUGGUGGCCAUGUGGCACAAUGUCAAGUACGGGUGGAGUGGCAAGAUGCGCCAAACGAGCUUCUCCAAGGAGCAGCCGGUGUGGCUGCUGGGGCGGUGCUAUCAUCGCCGUUUCACGCCGCCCGUGAGCAUGGAGAACUCCACCACGGAGCUGCCCAGUGGUGCGGACUCGUCGCCCGACAACGCCACAUCCGCGUUCGACAGCAUACAGGCCACAUCGUCGACGUCCGCAUCCCUGUAUCCCGCCCUUAAUCCUCAGCAGAUCGACGAAAUUGUGGUGCCGCAGGAGCUGGGCAUGGACGCGGCCGAAAACCAAGUGGGCGAACAGCCCUGGGAGGAGGGCAUUGAAGGCUUUCGACGUGACUUCUACAGUCGCAUAUGGAUGACCUAUCGGCGGGAGUUUCCCAUCAUGAAUGGCUCCAACUACACAUCAGACUGCGGCUGGGGGUGCAUGUUGCGGAGUGGACAGAUGCUGCUGGCCCAAGGGCUUAUCUGUCACUUCCUGGGACGAAGCUGGCGCUACGACUCGGAAUCGCAGCUGCACUCCACCUACGAGGAUAAUAUGCAUAAGAAGAUCGUUAAAUGGUUCGGGGACAGCUCCUCGAAGAGCAGCCCCUUCUCCAUCCACGCCCUGGUGCGGCUGGGUGAGCGCUUGGGCAAGAAACCGGGCGAUUGGUACGGCCCCGCCUCUGUCUCCUAUUUGCUAAAACACGCCUUGGAGCAUGCAGCCCAGGAGAAUGCCGACUUUGACAAUAUUAGCGUUUACGUAGCCAAGGACUGCACCAUUUAUAUGCAAGAUAUUGAAGAUCAGUGCAGCAUUCCAGAGCCGGCGCCGAAACCCCAUGUGCCUUGGCAACAAGCGAAGCGGCCGCAGGCGGAAGUGCCCAAGACGGAGCAGCAGCACUGGAAGAGUCUCAUUGUGCUCAUACCCCUGCGACUGGGCAGCGACAAACUGAAUCCGGCGUAUGCCCAUUGCCUGAAGCUGCUGCUGAGCACGGAGCACUGUCUGGGCAUCAUUGGCGGCAAGCCGAAGCACUCAUUGUACUUUGUGGGUUUCCAGGAGGACAGGCUCAUUCAUCUUGAUCCGCACUAUUGCCAAGAGAUGGUCGAUGUGAACCAGGAGAACUUCUCGCUGCAGACCUUCCACUGCAAGUCGCCGCGAAAGCUCAAGUCGAGCAAGAUGGAUCCCAGCUGUUGCAUCGGCUUCUACUGUGCCACCAAGAGUGAUUUCGACAACUUUAUGGAGAGCGUACAACUGUAUCUGCAUCCGAUGCGCUGCGCCUCGGGGGCAACUGCCGGAAUGCCACAGGUGGCAGCUCCACAACAACAGGCCGAGCAAUUGGAUACCAACUAUCCGCUGUUUACAUUCUCGCGGGGUCGUUGCAUGGACCAUGAGCGGGACGAAAUGAGCGAUUCGCUGUACAAGCCCCUCAUAAAGCAGGUGGCCGCUUUGGCACAAGAACUGGGCGCCCAGCUAUCACCCGCCGCGCAGCAGGGCGAUGACAAUGACCAAGAUGAUAGCGAAAGCGAGGAGUUUGUGCUGCUGUAGAUCGUUCGUUCCGCCAUAACUGCUGUGUUGUUGCUGUGCUAGCUGUGUUAUUUGCUCACUAUUAUUUGCCGUUGCUCGCCUGCUCGCCUCCGAAAAACCCCACAGACCCGACCCGUAUCUCAAACACAAAGACUUUGUUGUACCUUUACGCCUACGCAUAUACAUAUGUAGUACAUAGUGGCAUGUAUCUUGAAUAUUUACCGACGUAUCCGCGUUAAUUCCUCUC